AUGGGAUGCAAAUUUGCUCCAGAGUUAGCAAACCUCUUUAUGGAUAAUUUCGAGCAACAGCAUAUAUUAAAUGAAGAUAAUAUCUAUAAAACUAACAUACUAGAGUUUAAAAGAUAUUUGGAUGACAUCUUUAUCAUCUGGAAUGGAUCGGAAAAUGAGCUUUUUAAUUUUCAACAAAGCAUUAAUAGUGUGCACAAUACAAUUAAAUUUGAACUGAACUUUGAUAAUGCUAAAAUCAAUUUUUUGGAUGUACUAGUGGUAAAAAAAGGGGUUCUAUUGGAAACUGAUUUGUACAGGAAGGAAACUGACACAAAUUCCCUCCUGAGGUAUGAUAGUUUUCAUCCACGCCACAUGAAGCAAAAUCUUCCCUACUCCCAGUUCCUCAGACUCAGAAGGAAUUGUUCUGGUCUGAUGGAAUUUGAUAAACAUGCAAAAACUCUCAUAGAACAGUUUGUUGUACGGGGAUACCCUAAAAAGAGUUUGAAGCAGGCUUACUUUAAAGUAAGGAGGAUGGAACGAAGGAGCCUCUUUGUUAAAAAAGAGAGAGAGGGAAUACAAACCAGAAUGCUCAUACCCAUCACUUUCAAUGGCAAUACCAGGCACAUACAGAAUGCAAUUCUUAAAUAUUGGAAUUUGCUCCAGGAUGUUCCUGGGUGCUCUAAUAAACCUUUAUUUGUGUACAAACGUGCCAAGAAUCUUGCAGAUCAUUUGGUCCAUAGCAAAUGUACAGUUCAAGGGAUUCUACCAUAUUCACCACAGAGUAGAACGAAAGGGAAUGUUCCCUGUUAUAAUUGUAGUGUAAAAACAAGGAUAUCAGAACACAGGAGCUGCAUCAGGAAUAGAAGGAUGACCGCACCAAUGGUUGAACAUUUUACUCUUUGCAACCACUCGGACACGGAUAUCAGGUUUUGGACAAUAGAAAGAGUCCCGGGAACUGGAUUACAUCUUGAAAGAAAACUCCGGCACAGGGAAUUGUUUUGGAUAUACACACUACAAACCCAGAAACCGCAUGGUCUGAAUGACAACUGCAAUUGGUCUGCUGUUCUAUAA